UGGCGCCCGUGUCGAGUCUGGAGCUGAAGGGCAGCAUGGAGGAAGAAGACUGCUUCGGGUUUGGAUCGUACGACGAGAUCUUUUCCCAUCCUGUUGGAUCUUCGACGACGACAAGUAACGAGAGCCUAGAUGGAGGUGAUGUGGCUGGAGCAGGUGGAAGGAUAUCUCCUGGCAGCAACGAUGUGUCCAGCGCCACAGCAAUUGAUGUCGGGACGCAUUUGCUCGAAAACAGCUUCUUUCUCGUCGAAGACGACGUGAAGUUCUCAACAAACGAAGCGCUCUUCCAUGGACGGCAUAUCGGUCUGAAGGUCAAGCAGAAUGGCAAGCUCGUGACUUUCAACUUUCCAACAACUACGGGUGAAUCGUCCCUAAAGAUGUGCAUCGAUUCAAAUUCAGGAACACAUGCGCUGGGAGACUUGUAUUUAGACAGAAAGGAGUUGUUCUGGCGUCCCAUGCGCCAUUCUGAUACGAUGCAGACCUCUUCCGGUCAAGUGUAUGGAUCGGAUCGGUACAGCCUUCGCAUCGGAUUGGAACACGUUCGUGAAGUCGUGCCGACCAAAAUCCAGAACGUGGUGCUGGCGCUGUCCAUUUCAAUAUCAGUCAUGGACAUCGCGUUUGAGUUCUCGUUCAUGCCGGGACCGUAUCACAAGAGCUCAAAGCGCGACGACUUGAUGGUACUCUUGCAAGAAACUUUGUCGACUGCCAACACGAUGCAGAAUGCCUUGUCUGCAGCUGCAUCAUCUUCCAUGGAUGCGCUCAACUCCGACUUGCUCUCGCUGGCAUCCAAUCCCGACGUCGCUGCACCUCCUCCUCUCAGUCGAGAAAUUGCAGCGCCCCGCCCAACUCGCAAGCGCCCAGAAGACAUUAGUCAGCGAAAUGCGCUCAUCCGAUCGUAUCUUCGUCUGAACCCGAUGUCUGACGAAGCCCUUGGCCUGGCAUCUCACAUUCUCCAAGCGUACGAGUACCCCAUCGGCCCGACGUGUUCAUCUACCCCGUCCUUCUUGGAUGACAAAGAGUACAGGCAAAAACAAGUGUCCAAGCUGACCAAGGGCAUGGAACGCAUGAAGAUGUCGUGGAAGCUCAACGACGACCGCCUUGAUAACUUGAUGCACGUGCGGUGCUCCAAGAACGAAGACGACGAUCUCGUUUACCAUGACACGGUCGCAAACAAGGAUAUCUCGGCCAAGGCCUAUGAGCUCCGCUAUCGAGAGCUCAUCAAGCAGCCGCCGAUCAUUCUUCACAGUCGAGUUGCCAUGCCGCAGCGUCACAGCGUUGUGCUGGACAGCCAAGGGCUGAAUCCAACCCGUCAAUUUGACCUGCCUCCGGUGCCAGCGUCACUCACGGGAGACGCAAGGGCUGAUGCCGAGCGGGAAAGGGAAGCUCGCAUGGUCGAGAUGCACGAGUCCCAGCGCCAAUUGUGGAAAGAGUUUGCCUUGUUAGCGCAUGCUCACUUUGAACACAUCCAGUCGAUUCGAGAAGCGUAUCGAAAGAACAUGGCGCUUCGAUUGAACAAGCGGCCACCACCCAUGCAAACCAAGACACCCAAGCCAUCGUCGCGACGGAGGAGCAUGGUUCCCGCGCCGCUCGACGAGCUCACGGAGAACGACGACGGCAACAAGAAACGAAAACAUCCCACGGCCUCCGCCGCAGAAGAGGACACUUUCACCCGACCAGCACGACGCCAAAGCAUGAGUCGCAUCGAGAAGUCGAAGGACACGUCGACUGCCAAGGCGGCCGACGACGAUGGAGAGAUGGAUACGGACUUGUGUAACCUAUGCUUUGGAGCUGCGUGCACCACAGUGUUGCAGCCGUGUCUUCAUAGUGUGUGCGACAAGUGCUGGUCCAAACUGGUACGCCACACGUCCUCCGACUCGUCGACGGUUCAGUGUCCAUGGGAUCGGCAGCACACAGUCCCGAAGCGGAUUCAAAGAUGAUUCAUACAUUACAAAGUCCAGUCGAUUUCGUCCUUGC